AUGGGCUCAGACUUUAGCACAGUGAAGUCAAGAAAGGUCACUUUUUGCUCCAUCUGCAAGGCCAUGAUGUCUCACCCAGUGAGCAUCAACUGUGGACACAGCUACUGCAAAUCCUGCACACAGAGCCAUUAUUGCAAUGUCAGCUCAAAGACAGGAUGGAAGAUGUUGGGCUGCCCUUUGUGUAGUAGUCCAUUUAGUUUAGAGAACCUCAGGCCCAACAAGGAGCUAGAAACCAUAACUGAUAUGAUCAAAGGGAUAGAAGGGCAGGAUCAUGACACGGUGUGUGAGGAACAUGAAGAGAAACUUAAUCGCUUUUGUGGAGAUGAUGGUCAGCUCCUCUGCUGGCGCUGUUGUUGGGAAGAUCAGCACAAAGGUCAUACCUUAUUUGCUGUGAAUGAUGUGUACUAGAACUAUAAGAAAAAACUCCAGAAUACCAUGACAAAAUUGAGUGAACUCCAAGAGACUCUCGAAGUUCAGAUACAUUUCAUAACAAGCCAAAUAAAUGCCUGGAAGGUAUUUGGUCACAGUAAGGAACUGUGUUUACUGCAUAGUUACAACUGGUUAUGGUUUUUUAUAGUCAAUGUGAUCCAGGACCCCAGCACAGCCCAUCUCAACCUAGCUCUGUCUAAAGGUGGAAGACUAGUGACUUACAAAAGAUGCCACAGGGAUCUUCAGGCUUCUGCCAAGAGGUUUUAUGAUUUGCCCUGUGUCCUAGGCUCUGAGGGUUUUACUGUAUGAAGAUAUUACUUUGAAGUCUCUGUUGAGAAUGCAACCAGUUGAGAUGUAGGAGUCUGUUUAGAGACAGUGCAGAGGGGCUUUAACAUGAAGAAGGAGCUUGAGUUUGGAUUCUGGACUAUCAAGAUGUCUGAAGAGGAUGGCCUUGAAGCUCUCACUUCUGCCCCUACUCCUCUCCUUUAUCUGAGUGAAAAGCCCCAGCUAGUGGGAGUUUUUCUAGACUAUGAGGCUGGAGUUGUAUCUUUUUACAGUGUAACCACUGGCUCCCACAUCUUCACCUUCCCCAAGGCUUCUUUCUGGGAUACCCUGAGGCCCAUUUUCCAGGUUUAUCAACAUUCUCCUUUGUUCCCUCCUGCCAUAAAUAAUCAUGGAAAGAAGUAAAGUCCCUAUACCUUAAGUAGCAUCGUAGAAAAUCCAUAAAUCCCACAAGGCAGAAACUUUGUUUUUCUUCACUGCUAAUUCCAAUGUUUUUAAUGAACUUUCAAUAAAUGUGCUUUGAAUUAAUAACACUUUUAAACGUGUUGAAUAUUGAAUGAUUCAAAACAUAUUGCACAGUCCCUGUGUUCAGACAAAAAAAAUUGAGGUAAUUAUUGUUUUCUGUUUAUAGUGGGCACAGCUGUGAGGAACUUUUUUUAAAUUAAAUCAUUAAAAUUGGAAUACCCACUUGUAAUUUGGGCCACAUCUCCUGCUGGAAGUCUAUAUAAAGGACAUGGAAGAAGGAAGCACGUUCGUUCUCUCUCUCUCUCUCUCUCUCUCUCUCUCUCUCUCUCUCUCUCUUUCUCUCUCUCUCUCUCCUUUUCCCCCUCCCUCCCUCCCUCCCUCCCUCUCUCCCUCCCUUCCUGCUUGCCUUAGUCUCUAUGGCAUGUCCAUUCCUUCACUGGCACUACUUCUGGAUUUCAAUGUAUAUUGAAGAUCAAUAGAGAUAUUUAGCUUCCUGUACUGAACAGUACUGGAUUUUUGGACUUUCUCUUGGUUGACAACCUUGGUUGGACUAGCUGGGCUACAGCCUAUAAGCCACAGUAAUAAAUAAAUCAUAUGUGUGUAUACACAUUACACAUACAACAUACAUACUUACAUACAUACAUACAUACAUACACACACACACACACACACACACAUAGAGGUUGUUGAUAUUCAUGCUUUAUUACUAUUCUGGAAAAGAUGCAGGGGAUUGAAAAAAUUAUACCAUUUUCUUCUAUGAUUAAAAAUAUACUUUGGAUGAUUUUUUAGAAUGCAUUUUUCAGUUUCCUAGAAAAUUCAAUAACCAUGUUUCUCAGUUUUUAUUCCAUCCUUCUUUCAUAGUCUGCAUAAUCUACACCAGAGGCACCUAACAGAAAGCAUCCUUUGUGUGGUCUCCCCAUGCUGUUAGCAGAUGUGCUAACCAGUAGAUGGCGAUCUUGUAUUUUUGGUGGCUGUGGUAAUACAGCUUUGGUUUUAAUAAAAUGUAAAUACUUUUUGGACCAAGAAAAAUAAAGGUAAAAGUCAUUUUGUUCUUACAAAAGAUUUUAAACAAUUCAAGCCAACAAUGUUUUUGGUGUUUUUCUUUUUUGUUGCUUUUUGGUUUAGUUUGAAAUAGGGUCUCACGGUAUAACUCUAGCUGUCCUGGAACUAGUCUUGUAGACCAAGCUGGCUGUGAAGACACAGAACUCUGUUGGCCUGACUCUGCCUCCAGAGUGCUGGACCAUGUGCCAGAAUGCAUGCCCAACACACUUGGCAAUAAUAUUAAUUUUAAUUCAGAAUAAAAAAUCCCCCCUCCCUCCUUUUACAUAAGAUCUGAUUCUGAAACCCCAGGCUGUACUAGAGUUCACUAUGUAGCCCAGGCUAGCUGCAAACUUAUGGAAAUCUUUCUGCCUCAGCUUCCCAAGUGCUGACUGUUGAGAUUGUAGCUAUGAACUACCACCUACAAUUAUGAUUUUACUGACUGGUUGAUCAGUUUUAGUUUUUAGAGACAGGAUCUCAUGUUGCCCAUGUUGAUACUAUGUGGCAGAUGAUGACCUUGAACUUUUGAAUUUUUUGCAUCCACCUCUUGAGUGCUGGAAAUACAGGGGACAUCACUACAUCCAAUUUAUGGUGGUCAAGUAGGGGGCUUCAUACAUGGUAGGUAGACAUUCUACCAACUAAGCUAUAAUAUAUCCCUAGCCCCUUUGGUGGUUUUAAAUGUCAUCUCAUGGGAACCUUGGUUCUUAUUUAAAAUCUAUGACUUUCUUUUACUUUAGCAAGUAAUCAACCUCAUUAGAGUCAGGUUUCAUCAUCCCAUCAGACUCCUUGACAGGUCAGUGUUCAACGAUUUUGAAUUGUCACUCAGAUUUCUUCUAUAACUAUUUUGGGUCCUUAGUGACAUUCUGCUCAUAGUUCAUUUCUCAAAGGCAGUGGCUGUUUAGGGUGAGAGUUGAAAGCCAGACAGCUCACUAUCUCCAAAUGGGCAGAGAAAUAUGGAUAGGCUUAAUGUGUGUGUGUGUGUGUGUGUGUGUGUGUGUGUGUGUGUGUGUGUGUGACACACAGACAGACAGACAGACAGACAAACAGAGGUGUGUGUAUGUUUGGGGGGUGGCUGUAUUUUUCCUUUCUUUUUUCUUUUCUCUCUCAUUCUAAUUCUCAAGCAACUACCUCCCUAAAAUUUGAGUAUUUUAGUGAGAAGACAUCUAAAGUUAGGGAAACUGUGGUCUCAAAACAUGUGUUGAAUGUUGCUUUUUAUGUUUUUGUUUUUGUUUGUUUGUUUGUUUGUUUGUUUGUUUUUGGUCUCUGUGCACUUCUGCUUGGCUUUAGUCAAAUAGACCUGGGAGGCAGUAGCAGCAUAAAGUUCAUGACUAAGACAACUCAUAAAAGACAGCAUUUAAUUUGGGGCUCAUGGUUCUAGAGGGUUAGGAUCCAAUUUGUUAUCCUGGGAAACAUUUCAAUAGACAGGUAGUCCUGGCCCUGGAGCAGUAGCUGUCAACUUGCAUAUUGAGACAAUAAUCAAGUAGCAGAAAGAGAGUUGACUGGAACAGCUUGGGCUUUGGAAACCUCAAAGCCCACUCCAGUGACAAACCUCCUAAUCCUUCUAAAACAGUUCCACCAACUGGGAACCAAGCAUUCAAACAUAUGAGCCUAUAAGGAUCAAUCUCAUUCAAACCACCAAAGAGAAAAAGAGAACACACACACACACACUUCUGUGCCCAUCUGUGAAUGAUGAGCUUCCUUACGUCCAGAAGAGGGAACGAAUGGCCCCUUACCCCAAUCCAGGUAGUUCUUCCCAUCCAGCUCUUCCCCCAUUGUCUUCCUAACACCAUAUUUAGUCCCCACAGAUACUCUGCUUCAUCCCCAAGAUGUGUUGGUGACAGAAGUCAAUGGGGCUUUGCAUGCCAUAUAUGCUGAUCUUUCCUUACCAGGUUUAUAACUCUUAGUUUUGUGGGGUCUUCAUAAGAGAAGACUGCUCAGACAUGGGUUGAGCCAACAGAAAGUCUUUAUUAGCCAGCCAGCAACUACACAGUAUGUUUGGGAUUCCAGUGUAAAACUGAACCUUCUUCAAGGUGAGCUUUUAAGCACAAAAACCAUGUCCUGGUUUGACAGACUUCAAUUGACAAGAUCAGUUAGCCAGAAGUGGAACUACGGAAGCCAAAAAGCAAGGUUAGUACAUUUAAAGGGCCCCCACACACCCUAUAAGUGUGGACAUUGAUGGAUUAGACCUUUAUUUUACUUUUGGCAGUUGGUGCUAUCUAUGCAUUGAAUUUUAUAACCUGAAUGGUACUUUCAUUAUGGAGUCAGAUGUGCUAAGGCCUGGAACCUAAGGUCAGGGGCUCUGUUAUAUUCACCACUGGUCUUAGUAAAUAAGUCAAAUUGAGGGCUCACUCUGCCCUAAAGAGGUAUAGUUGUUCCUAAGGACCAUUAAUUUUACUGGUCUGAUACAUAAUUGUCCAUAUAAUUUAAGAUGCAGAAGCCCACUAUUAAUCCAAUCAGAAUGAGAAUUAAGAGCUGAGUCAGUACUGAGGGCAUAGUAGUUAGCCUGGGUGACUAAGAGGACAGAGACUAGUGUCAAUCAUCUGAUUUAUGUCUUUGCCUUUUUUUCUUUUUGUGCUACUUUUUUUUUCUUUUUUUCCUGAGCUGAGGACCGAACCCAGGGCCUUGCGCUUGCUAGGCAAGCGCUCUACCACUGAGCUAAAUCCCCAACCUUUGUGCUACUUUUUAACCAUAGCAAGAUUUUUAAAAAUUAUUCAUGAUUAAUUAGAGUAGAAACAACAGAUUUUUUUUAAAAGCUAUUACAUUAGUUUUCUUUAUGUCAUAAGAAGUGCGUCUAAAUCUUUUAAUCUAGGUCUUGAUCAAUCUGUGACUUAGUUUGGAAAGCAUCAGAAGAGGCAUACUUAGUCAAACUAUUAGCCUAUACCCACCAAGCAAUCUCAGGGGCUCGUUAUCCAUAUGAAUUAACCCGUAAGGUAGCAGGCAUUAGAAUAAGGAGAAGUUGCCUAGGUUAAACGUGUUACAUAUUACACAAGCUCCAGCCCCUUGUAAGUCCUUCAACAUUAAUGUGUGUUGCCCCCAGUCAUAGUGAGUUUUGUCAGCCAAUGGGCUGGCAGUUUAGUUAGUUCUUAUCCCUAUGUAGUAUGGGGGCUGGAUGCCUAGGUAUAACUAGCAAUCUUGGCUUAUUUUUGGCUAGGAUUGAUUAAUUUUACCCCCAGGGUACCUUUCUGUGGCCUAGUGUUUGAUGCUCCAGGUUGUCCCUGUUUUUCAGAGGCCAGAAUCUUUUUGAAAAGGAAUUUUUCAAGAAGCCUUAGUUUCAUAACCUCAGUGGUUACAAUGGAAACUCCCUGGUUUCUGGCAACCAGGGAGUCCAACUACAGGGCAUGCUUAGAAUUGCAAACUCUGUAUUUCUAUCUCAAAAGUUAAAUUCCCAUACCUUUCCUUUCUCCAGUCCAGCCAGAUAUUUAUAGUGGGCAUCAGUGAGGAAAGGGCAAGAAGAGUAUGGGCUGCUGGUCUGUAGACAUCCUAACUAAUAACACCUUCCCUGUAUCUGUCUUCCUCAUUUCCUGGGUCCGGGCCUGAGGGCCAUGGGCAUUGAAUCCAUACUGAACACAAGUCUUAGGGUGGAGUAUAGGGGAAGGGAGUGGAAGGGCUUGGGGACACAGUGAAACCUUCAUUUCAACUUCCAUUAGUCUGUAGUCUUGAGACAGUCCUUUUGGCAGCAUCCGUGGCUUUCAGUUUUUUGAUCUGGGUGUGGGGAAUCCAUGGUGAAAAGCCAGCUAUAUCCACAGCCAUAGGUGUGGUGUGGAGAGAAUCCACAUGUAGAGUCCUUUUUAACUUGGUUUCAGUACUCCUUUGGCUACCUGCUUGACCCAGACAGUACCAUUGGACAAGGGGAAACUGGUGGUAGAAUUGGAGGUCAUCUGAGUGUCUGGGAGAGUAGUAGCCUGUAUGGAGGACUGGAGUGCCCAUAGUGACUUGAGAAAGGGAUGGGUAGAGAGUUCUACCAACUGCUGGUCUCUGAGCCUGGGAAACAUGAGGGAAGUCUUCCAAACAUAAUUUUAUAUGGGACCAUGAAAGGCACCCUGGUUCCCAGUUGAGGAAGUUUGAAACCCCAGUGACCCUGAAAGGGACAGUAGGCAUUUCUCCUGACUCCCAGGAAACCAGGUUGGUCACUAGCCACAAUCUUCCAUAGAUUUGUGGCCAUCAGUUACAUAAGGCAAUGCCCUAAGGCCCUCCACAGGUAGAGGAUGUGACCAUAUGUCAUGUAGGCUCAAGAUACAUCUACAUUAUAAUGAGGUACCUAAAGACCUGGAGGCUUAGCCUGUAGCCUUUUCUUCCCAGACACUCUUCCCUGCAAAAGGUAUUUAAUCUCAGGCUCACCCCGAGAAGUGAGGUAUAGUUUUACUCAUCUACUUUCCACCAUGACAAUAAACGCCUUAAAACUACUGACUGUCUCUUUUCAUGGGGAUCCACCAUGGGGAGCCACAGAGAAGGCCUUCGCCUACAGAGCAGCUGUCUAAUCUCCCAUAGAUGGCCUCCUUGUGCUCCCAGCCACCUCCAUGACCAAACCUGCAGCCCACCUCUGCCAAGCCAAGGACUAUCCCCAGGGGGCCAGUCGGAGCUCCUCCUCUUUCCCCCUUUGCCCCAGGCUAGAUCCAAC